AGAAAAUCAUCUGCCAAAAUUUCUAAAUUGUUAAUACGGAGUAUUGAUUUGAGUCAUUUGACAUUGCAUCCUGCUACCGUUUCGAAACACUGCUGCUUCCGCCUGUGUAUUCACCGUUCUCCGAUCUAGUGAUCCACCGUCUCUCUCUACCGCUCAUCUCUCAGCCAUACGGUCUACGCUAUAUUGCCCUCUCUCUGAUUCCACCCCCUCCAUUGACACCGUAAACGCCCAAUCCAAUCUCCUUCCCCUUAGGUCGGACGCAGUCUACACCACGCCGUUCGUCUAAUAUGUUGAGCAUUCAAUAGAUCAAGCUAAGAGGGUGUUGUUGAGGUUAUUAAUCAUUUAUAUAUCUUGAGGAAUAGGUAUUUAGUGUGAAAUGGAGAAGUCAUGCUCGUUUCUGAUACAUUUUGACAAGAACACGCCGGCUAUUGCCAAUGAGAUAAAAGAAGCCCUUGAAGGGAAUGACAUCCCUGCCAAGGUUGAUGCCAUGAAGAAGGCAAUCAUGCUUUUGUUGAAUGGGGAAACUCUUUCCCAGUUAUUUAUCACUGUUAUUAGAUACGUUUUGCCAUCUGAGGACCAUACGAUUCAGAAGCUGCUGUUGCUGUACUUGGAGAUCAUUGAGAAGACAGAUUCUAAGGGGCAUGUUCUACCUGAGAUGAUUCUAAUCUGCCAAAACUUGAGGAACAAUCUGCAGCACCCAAAUGAGUACAUCCGUGGAGUUACGUUGAGAUUCCUUUGCCGUUUGAAUGAGGUUGAUAUUAUUGAGCCUCUGAUUCCUUCCAUCAUGAGCAACUUGGAACACCGUCAUCCAUACGUGCGGAGGAAUGCCAUUCUUGCAGUAAUGUCUGUAUUCAAGCUUCCUCAAGGCGAGCAGCUUUUGGUAGAUGCCCCUGAGAAGAUUGAGAAUGUUCUUUCUACAGAACAGGACCCAUCAGCUAAGAGGAAUGCAUUUCUGAUGCUUUUCCAGUGUUCCCAGGAACGUGCAAUCAAUUAUCUACUGACACACGUGGAUAGGAUUCCUGACUGGGGUGAGUUACUUCAGAUGGUUGUCUUGGAUUUGAUUCGAAAGGUUUGCAGGACUAACAAAGCAGAGAAAGGAAGGUACAUAACGAUAAUUAUAUCUCUGUUGAGUGCCCCUUCUGCUGCCGUUGUCUAUGAAUGCGCUGGAACUCUAGUUUCUUUGUCAUCUGCCCCAACGGCAAUUAGAGCUGCUGCUAAUACAUACUGCCAACUUCUUGCCUCUCAGAGUGACCACAAUGUUAAGCUCAUUCUUCUUGAUCGACUCAAUGAACUUAAAGCUUCUCACAGAGAUAUUAUGACUGAUAUGAUUAUGGAUACUCUCCGAGCACUCUCUAGCCCAAACCUUGACAUUAGGAAGAAAACGCUUGAUAUUGUUCUGGAGUUGGUCACUCCCAGAAAUAUCAAUGAGGUUGUCCACACCCUGAAGAAAGAAGUCGUGAAAACACAAGGUGGGGAACUUGAGAAGAACGGGGAAUACCGGCAAUUGCUCAUCCAAGCCAUUCAUUCUUGUGCAGUGAAGUUCCCAGAAGUAGCAAGCACUGUGGUGCAUCUGUUGAUGGAUUUCUUGGGAGACAAUAAUGUGGCUUCUGCUAUCGAUGUGGCUGUUUUUGUGAGAGAGAUAAUUGAAACCAACCCCAAGUUACGGGUUUCUAUUGUAACCAGGUUACUUGACACUUUCUACCAGAUCCGAGCUGCUCGAGUUUGUACAUAUGCACUUUGGAUCAUUGGAGAGUAUUGUCUUUCUCUUUCUGAAGUUGAGAGUGGUAUUGAAACCAUAAAGCAGUGCUUAGGUGAACUCCCAUUUUACUCACCUUCUGAAGAAGGUGAUGCUGCUGAUUCUUCUUCCAGAAGACCUCAACAAGUGAACUCCAUUACUGUUUCAUCUCGAAGGCCUGCUGUCCUUGCUGAUGGUACAUAUGCUACUCAAAGUGCAGCCUCUGAAACUGCCUUCCUUCCUCCAACAGUUGCCCAAGGGUCUUUGGCUACUGUAAACUUGAGAUCUCUUCUCCUUACUGGUGAUUUCUUCCUCGGAGCAGUUGUUGCCUGCACACUGACCAAGCUGAUUCUAAGAUUGGAAGAGGUUCAACCAUCAAAAGUUGAAGUGAACAAAUUAACAACAGAAGCAUUAUUGAUUAUGGUGUCAAUAAUUCAGCUGGGGCAGUCUUCACUGCUUCCUCAUCCAAUUGAUAAUGAUUCUUAUGACAGGAUUGUGCUUUGUAUAAGAUUGCUAUGUAACACUGGGGAUGAAGUCAGGAAGAUCUGGUUAACAUCUUGCCGUGAGAGUUUUGUGAAAAUGCUCUCGGAUAAACAGUUUCGUGAGACAGAGCAGAUCAAAGCGAAGGCUCAAGUCUCUCACUCUCAACCAGAUGAUCUCAUUGAUUUUUAUCAUUUGAAGAGGAGGGGGGGCAUGAGCCAAUUGGAGCUGGAAGAUGAGGUCCAAGAUGAUCUGAAGCGUGCAACCGGAGAAUUUGUCAAGGAUGAGAAUGAUGCCAAUAAACUAAGUCGUAUUCUUCAACUCACUGGAUUUAGUGAUCCUGUCUAUGCUGAGGCUUAUGUUACUGUACACCAAUAUGAUAUUGUACUGGAUGUUACAGUAAUCAAUAGAACAAAGGAGACCCUACAGAAUCUAUGUUUAGAAUUAGCCACUAUGGGUGAUCUCAAACUAGUCGAGCGUCCUCAAAAUUACACCCUCGCUCCCGAAUCAAGCAAGCAGAUAAAAGCAAACAUCAAGGUCUCUUCAACUGAGACUGGAGUCAUCUUUGGCAACAUUGUAUAUGAGACUUCAAAUGUGCUUGAGCGCACUGUUGUUGUGCUAAAUGACAUCCAUAUUGAUAUCAUGGAUUACAUCUCUCCAGCAGUGUGCAGUGAUAAUUCGUUUAGAACUAUGUGGGCUGAAUUUGAGUGGGAAAACAAGGUUGCUGUCAAUACUGUCAUUCAAGGUGAGAAAGACUUUUUGGACCAUAUAGUCAAAUCAACCAAUAUGAACUGCUUGACUGCACAAUCUGCACUGGAGGGUGAUUGUGGGUUCAUUGCUGCUAACUUGUAUGCAAAGAGUGUCUUUGGGGAGGAUGCUCUAGUGAACGUAAGCAUAGAGAAACAAUCAGAUGGUAAGCUGAGCGGCUACAUUCGGAUAAGGAGCAAAACUCAAGGAAUUGCUCUUAGCUUGGGUGACAAAAUCACGCUAAAGCAAAAGGGAGGCAGCUGAUCCAGUAAAUGUAAUCAUUAGUGUCGAUGAAUAAUUAAAUCUGGUAUUUGCACAGUCCAAUGGUGGGUAGUAUUAUUUGUUAAUAUCUUUCUUUCUUUUUCCUCCUUUCUAAACUAGGAGAUAAAAAAGGUCAUUUGAUGGUUUUUGUCCAAAGUUUAGCUUUGGAAUGAAAAUUUGUUGUUUUUAUGCGGUGCUCAUUUUUUGUUGCAGACUGUUUCGCCCUUAUUUGAGGCUUCUUCUUGUCUUUCCUUUACAGCUUUGGAGCUGCAGUGACUAUUAAAGAAUCCGCUGAGAUGUAUUAAUGCUUUUCUUUAUAUAUUGCUGCUACACAUUUCAAUUUCUGCUCUUGUUAGACGUGGUGAACAUUUUUGUAAAGAAGAUUUUUAAGGAACACUUCCUGCCAUUUGUUUGCUUCGAAGUGUAAUUUUUUAAUCCUUGCAGGCGCUUGGUCAGUAUAAACUGAAAACUUUAUACGAGAACAUGAAAUUUUUACUGUUCCCUAAAUUUCCAUUUUAUGG